ACUUACUCUGCUGCCCCUUCCUUCGUUCGCGAUUCGGGAAUAAAGGAAGCUCCCAGUGCCGCAGGUUCGUUCUUCCUUCGACAUUGCUUCUGCUUCUUCCUUCAUCGGCACUCCUUGCUUCUGCCUCUUCCUUCAUCGGCACUCCUUCUGCCUCUUCCUCCUUCGGCACUCCUUCGUUCGCUUUCCUCUGAGGUAAUAUGAAUUCCGACAAAGGGCACUGUUCUGUCUCCUAAAUCUGAAGCCUCUGCAGUCCCUCGCCGCCAUCUUCGGCUUCUCCACCGCUCCUCUCUUCAAACUGCAGGAAAUAUGUCUGCCGAGGAGCAUCACUUUGAGUCGAAAGCGGAUGCCGGAGCUUCGAAGACUUAUCCGCAACAGGCAGGAACCAUUCGGAAGAAUGGUUAUAUCGUGAUUAAGGGGAGGCCAUGCAAGAACAGGAGCAGAAUGAUCAAUUUACAGAAUCAGCUGUUUUCCAGACGCACUACAGCUUAUUCGGAUCAGCUGGUCAUCGGCAGAUUAUCAGGAUAAGCUGCUUAUCAGCAGAAACUGGAUAAGCUGCAGCUGCCCCAAACAGACCCUAAAUCUUAGGCUCUUCCUCUCACGAUGAGCUGCCUUCUCCCUCUUCUUCUUCCCUCGAGCGUUGAUUGACCGCAUGGGCAUGACUUCACCUCCCGUGAACGCGAAUGAUGACUCUAUUAUCCUUCCUCCAGUCUUCCUUCACUCACAAACAAUCUUUGUGGAAGCAAAUUUCUCAUUGGACCUCUUCUUGCGCACGUUCUAGUUUUGUCUCCUGCAAGUGGCUUUGACACACCUACAACCUUGCAGAUCUACUGCAAACAAUGAGGCCGAUUCCCCUUUUCAAUUGGCGAGGGCAUGAUACUUCCUCCUCUCACUCCGCAGCUCUGCUUGGAAGAUGGUUCAUCAGAGGGUCCGCUUGGUGAGGCGCAUGUUAUUGGUUUUGUCAGUGGUCAAGUUGUCCAACCUUAUAGGGACCGACCCAAUGAAGGGACACUAGCAAUAUUUACUGAAUUUUCACCAAUGGCUGAUCCCGCUUUUGAGCCCGGGCGGCCUGGGGAGUUUGCAAUUGAACUUGGGCGAUUAAUAGAUCGUGGUCUGAGGAACCUCAUUGACACUGCCAAUAUUGCUGCCCUGGCUGCUCUCUUGACCUAUCGAAAGUCUGAAUGUACGUUGGGAGGCGAAAAUGGUCAGGAUGUUGUCAUUCAUGAUCCUGAGGUUAGGGAACCACUUCCUUUGAUGAUACAUCAUUUUCCUGUUGCAGUAAUGUUUGCUUUCUUCAAUGAAGGUUAUUGAUCCAACUCAUAAGGAAGAGGCUAUCAUGGGGGGUCGGAUGACCACUACAUUGAACUCAAAUGGAGAUGUUUGUGUCGUGCAAAAAG